AUGAAAAUCUAUAUGCGCAUUAACAAUCAUGACGACUGUGGCAAACUACAAAGCGAUCUAGACCGUUUUGUUAAAUACUUCAACUUGUUAGGAAUAUCUCUUAACAUUUCUAAAUAUAAAAUAAUGACGUUCAGCAGAAAACGUUCUCUAAUUGUUCACUCUUAUAAUCUGAUAGGCUCCAUACUAUUGCAUGUAGAUAAUUAUGUUAUUGACCUUGGUUUUAAAUUUAACAAUACUCUGGACUCUUGCUCUCAUAUCGACAUGAUAUGUUGUAAGGCGUUGAAAGCACUGGGGUUCGUAAUGAGACUGACCAAAGAAUUUUCCCUAAACAACGCGGUAUAAGCGUUAUAUUGUGCAUUGGCGGAACCCAUUUUGGAAUACGGUUCACUAAUUUAGGACCCAAAUACUGCAAGCGGUUCUCUUCAGCUUGAAAGAGUCCAACGUAAAUUCUUAAAGUACGCAAGUUUCAUUUUAGGCAUUCAGUGUCCCCCCCACACACGAUUAGACUCCAGUCUCAAAGGUUCUUUACCUUAA